UACUCUCCACCAGGCCUGGCUGGAUGUUGUUAAAAAUGAAGUCCCUUCAGGACUAAGUUGUAGGAAACAUGGUAGAAUGGUGCUUACCUCAAGACAUUGACCUUGAAGGCGUUGAGUUCAAGUCUAUGGCCAGUGGGUCCCAUAAAAUCCAAUCUGAUUUCAUCUAUUUUCGAAAGGGACCCUUCUUCGGCCUGGCCUGCUUCGCCAACAUGCCUGUGGAAAGUGAGCUGGAGCGUGGUGCCCGGAUGAAGUCUGUGGGUAUCCUGUCUCCUUCCUACACCUUGCUAUAUCGCUACAUGCACUUCUUGGAGAACCAGGUUCGGCACCAGCUGGAGACACCGGGACAUUAUUCUCAUCUGGCUGCCUUCUAUGAAGACAAGAAAGGAGUGCUCCAUGCAGGACCUGGGAGAGGCAGCAGCCUGCCCCCUGUCUACUGGCUGCCGUCCAUCCACCGCUACAUGUAUCCCGAGAUGAAGAUCACACACCCAGCUGGCUGCAUGUCUCAGUUUAUUAAGUUCUUCGGAGAGCAGAUCCUCAUCCUCUGGAAAUUUGCCUUACUCCGGAAGCGUAUUUUGAUAUUUUCUCCCCCACCUGUUGGCGUUGUGUGCUAUAGAGUGUACUGCUGCUGCUGCCUGGCCAAUGUAUCGCUGCCUGGCAUCGGAGGCACCAUCCCGGAGUCCAAGCCCUUCUUCUACGUGAACGUGGCAGACAUUGAGAGCCUGGAGGUGGAGGUGUCUUAUGUGGCCUGCACCACAGAGAAGAUAUUUGAGGAGAAGCAGGAGCUGUACGACGUGUACGUGGAUAACCAGAAUGUGAAGACUCACCACGACCACCUGCAGCCCCUUCUGAAGAUCAACAGUGCUGACAGGGAGAAGUACCGGCGGCUCAACGAGCAGAGGCAGAUGUUGUUGUACUCCCAGGAAAUUGAGGAAGAUUACAACCCUUGUGAAGAGGACCUCUUUGUGCUGUUUUUCCUAGAGCAAAACAACCGGAUAUUUCAGACUUUGUUGGAGGUGUCUGCCAGUCAAGAUAAAACUCUGACAGCAGAGCACGCCCGUGGGAUGGGCCUGGACCCACAGGGGGACCGGAGCUUUCUUAUGGACCUGCUGGAGGCCUACGGCAUCGAUGUCAUGCUGGUCAUUGACAACCCUUGUUGCCCAUAGGAAGGGUGACGUGGGAUUGACAGCAGCCUGGAGUGUACCUCCGGCCCCGUCAGCCUGGUUUUUAAUUACGCUGACACAAAGGAAGAUUGCUUAUACUUUCCAACAAAUGUGAUUUUUGCAGUUUCUUUUCUUCCCUUCUUGUCUAGAGGUUAGGCAAAACAGCCUUGGUUUUACAGCCUACUUUGGUAGCGCAUGGGAAUCUAUAUUGUCUUCCACAGCGGCUGAUCUUUGGGUUUGGUCUUAGGAGGUCUAUCCCUAGGAGUUAGCCAAGCUCUGAAAACUUAGGGGUGGACUGCCAGAAAGCCUGGCUUUGACCCUUGGUGCAUUCAGGAAUACAACAAACAUCUGUCCUGUGUGGCCUUAGAUGUUCAUCUGCCCAAAGGCAGAAACCCAGAUGACCUUUGAAGGUCAUCAAGUUCAAGGAGUCAGUAGCCUUGGAAUCAAAUCCCUCUUCCUAUUCAUUAGGGCAUGUCUGUGUCUUCUCUUUGCACUUGAGAAGGGACCACUGAGAGGGAGAAAAGGACGUUUUUGACACCAAAUACGAGCUUCACAAAGGCAGUGACCAGUGACCACUCGAUGUGAGUGACAUUCUUCCUAUGAAACCAUUCCACUCGAAAGGGGCUGGUGAAUCCUAAGGGCUAGUGCAAGCCCUGUAGCAUGUGAGCAAAUUCAUUUUACAGUUUAAUAACCUGGGUAUCUGUGGAGGGUGGUGCAUGCUUUUAACAGGACUGUGUAUGUAUGCAGUCCUCACACACUUCUCUGUGGCAGAGGCAACAUUCCUGAGGUUAGUAAGUGGGUCCCAACCUAAUGGAUUUAUUAGAAAGUCUGGAAGUGCCUUCCCCUAGGAGAGUGGUCAGGAAUCCCAGAGUGUCCACAGUGUUGUUACCUGCUUCCCAGUGAAAUGCUUUUUGUCUGGGAUGGGUCCUGUAGUCACCUGCCUGGUCUCUUGAGCUGGGUUAUUCGAUGACUGCAAGAUCAGGUCAGAGGGUAGUUGGUAACCAUAGUCUGAAAGCCAGAUCCCAUGAGUAGAGUUUAGGAUUUUGACCUAGGACCCUGGAUUAUUGGUUACAAAUCUCUCUUCCCUUUCCUCUUUCCUGCCUGGCUCUUGUUAAUUUGAGUAGCCAUCAGUGUACCUGUUGAUCAGUGUACCCAUUGUCUGUGCCCAAGCCAGGCUAAUUACACAGCAGAGAGAAGUAACCUUCAACCCAUUGGAUCACAUCUUACAUGACUUGUUUCAAAUUCUUUUCUUUUCUUUUUUUUUUUUUUUUUUUUUUUGGUA